GUCAACUUUAGUCUGAUGAAGAGCAGUUGUGUGUAAACGUCUCCUGGGUGUAAUUAAUAAGCCGUCAUUGGAACCCUGCAGUUUGUGAGCUAUUUGUUGGUUUAUUGCCGAACAGAACACAGAUUAUUGCAUUGUGUAGUCAGACAGGGCAACCGGACAGAGACUCUAUAAUGUUCAUCUUUGUGAUACUGGGGCUGCUUGUCUGCAUUGAGGCACAAGGGCCCAUUGCUGUGACUCCUGUAUUUGUGAAGAAGGGAGAUGAUCUGAUUCUGAAUGUUGAUGCUGAUGUUCCUGAGGAUUUUGUACUUGUUGACUGGAAAUUCAAUAAAACGGUCAAUAUGGUAAUAUUUAUUCCUGGUAAAGAAUCAACAAUCUCUCCUGAUUUCACUGGAAGGCUUGAGUUUCCUGUGAAAAAAUUCUCUGUGAAAUUGAAGAAUCUUCAAAAGGCAGACAGUGGAGUUUAUACUGCACGAGUGUUAACGAUUCUAGGAGACCAACCACUAGCUGAAUACAAGGUCACAGUUGAAGAUCCAGUGUCUCCAGUUAAACUGACAGUGGACCCAGUGGACCCACUGGACCCACUGGACCCACUGGUCUCCAGAAGCUCCUGUAAUCUCACUGUGACCUGCAGUACACAGGACUCCCACAUCAGCAGCACUAUUAGAUGUGUCAACCAAACCUGCAGUCAGGAGGGAGGAGAGCAAUCAGAGGUCACAACCUCUGGAGCUUCUCUCUGGGUCUACCUGUUGAAUAGCUCAAUCAUCUGUAACCAUAGCAACCAUGUUAGCUGGACCAACGACGUUAUAAUGAUUGGAGACUUUUGCCCCAAAUAUCCUGGUUCAGAGAGUCCGUCUGCUGGUAUCUCUGUGUACCUGGUGAAGAUAGUCGUGUUCUCUGUCGGUCUGGUCAUCAUGGUGUCGGCCGUCAUCACUGUUCACCUCAUGGAGAAGCUCAAGAAGCACAAAUAAAGAAUGCUCAUGCUAAACCACUGAUCCACAGCUGGAGGCAGUAACACACAAGAAAAGGCAGUAUAGAGGAAGAGGUGGAAGAAUGCAAGCCAGCAAACAUGGAUGUAAAAAAUUUAAGAUUUAAACAUUUAUAAAAUCAGUUUUGCAAAUGUGUUGGAUUCAAAUCGUGGACUCCGUAAUGCAUUUUGGUGAAAAAACUUCAUGUAAACAUUGUUUCUUCACAAGAAAACUGCAAAUGUUACCUUUUAAACAAAUGCUUUAUUUAUUAUCCAUAGAUUGUAUCCAAUUAUCACUGUUCUCACUUCAUUAUUUCACAGAGGUAACCAAAAUGUUGUCUUGAAAAAAAAAAUAAAAAAAACUAUUUGUCUAUGAUCAAGACCAAGAAUAUACAAGAAAUAGCCUUGAUAAAUAUACUUAUAACACUUCAUGUGGUCAUGUUUAUAAUUAAAAAAAGCAUUGCAUAUUUACCCGUUUCAUUGUACACUCUGUUUUAAAUUUUGUUUCAGCAUGUUUUAAUCUUUGGCUGGAAGCAGUAUCUGGUACAUGCACCAUAAUUGUAAACUUGUUAAAGCUAUAUACUUAUUGUGUAUUUUUGUGAUUAAAGGAAACCUAAAGAUCACGAGUAACUGACUUUUCCCCCCGCUGGUAUAUUGUAAGUUUAUCCACAAGGAAUCAAUCAGAGCUGUUGUUAUAGUAAACACACUUGCAAACUGACUGUAAAUUAUAUUACAGAAAAAUAAAACAUUUAAUGACAAUCAAGCUUUUAAUAAGACAAUACAAGACUCCUGCAGUAUGUAGCUUCAAAUCAAACCAAUCGCAUAGGGCCUUGAAAGUCCUAAUUGUAAACCGUUGCUCAUUUAGGAAUUAGUUACAUUUCUUCUGCGUUUAAUUUGAACUGUUAUGUUAUGUAAAUGUCUGGACAGCUAAAAAGUGAGAUAAAGGCCCAGGUACCCAAGCGUGGGCUUCCGGCAGGGGUAACAACGUCUUUUUCACGUUGCAGCAUUGAUCUUGAAUGUAUCAAUAAAAUAAUUACUAAUAUCUCGAGUUGUGAUGCUACAAAAAGCAACUUCUAAAUGUGUGUGAUGCUUAGUAACAUUUCCUCAUUGUUUUGCAGCUGUUUCCAAUGAAAGGUUUGUGCAUAAGAGAAUAAUCCCUCACCAAAGCAGGUCACAUAAACUUUAAAAAUUGAAAUCUUUGGAAACACUUAAAUAGAACUUGAAAAUUCAGGAAUUGUUGAAUACUUCAUUGAUUGUUUAGCACCUAGAUGGCUUCAUCACCUGAGCAUACACGCUCUCUGGUUGAGUCGUGUCUCUAGUCUCAGUGGGUUCCAGAGGUCCAGUGUGAGGUCCUACCAAGCAGUAGGUGG